AUGUAUUCAUAUGAAGACGCUCCUCCACCAUAUCCUGGCUUAACAACACCAAGCGGUCCCUCAAAUGUAGUGACAUCCAAAGGUGCUUACAAAGGUGUACCAGUAUAUGAAAUAGCUUCAAAUGAUGCUCCCAAUUAUAGUCAAGCAUCGUAUCAACAAGUACCGGUAUCACCGAGUGGAACAAUUCUAGUUCGCACGCAUUCUGUUCAUGUUGGCCGCAAUCCAAUUAAUUGUGUUUGUCCUCAAUGCCAUCAGCAAAUUAUGACACGAGUCGAUUAUGAUUCUGGUUCAUUUGCAUGGCUCAUGUGUUUAUUACUCACGGUUAUAGGUUGUAUUCCAUGCUGUGUAAUUCCAUUUUGUGCAAUAUCAUGCCAAGAUGUUACUCACAUAUGUCCUCAUUGUUCCGCUAUAAUUGGUCGUCGAAAAAUUCUUUGA